AUGCCGACUCUUUUGCGUACUAGUCUGCGAUUCUCAAGACUCGCCAACGCACCAAAGAGAAACUUUACAUCCUCUUUCUUCCGUCGCAAAAAGCAGCCCUCAGCCGACGAUCCAGAGUUCGUCUCUAUUCUAGACGGACCACCCCAGCUUGUCCGCGUAGGAAAACGUCAUGGACCUGGUCUUAUCAUUCUCGCCAUCAUUCCCGUGACGGCAUUUAUCCUCGGAACAUGGCAAGUCCAGCGAUUAGGCUGGAAGUCGGAACUUAUCGCCAAAUUCGAAGACCGUCUCAUCCGCGAUCCUUUACCCCUCCCGCCUACCAUCGACCCUGAUGCCAUUCACGACUUUGAUUACCGCCGCGUACGAGCAACGGGCCAUUUCAGACAUGACCAGGAGAUGCUUAUUGGACCUCGCAUGCGAGACGGCACAGACGGAUACAUGGUUGUUACACCCUUGGAGCGAGAGAAUGGCACAACAAUUCUGGUCAACCGAGGAUGGAUCGACAAGAAGCACAGAGACAAGAGGACGAGACCUGAUGGAUUGCCAACUGGUGAAGUCACAGUCGAAGGACUCUUGAGAGAGCCAUGGAAGAAGAAUAUGUUUACACCCGAUAACCAACCCGAAAAGGGCAUGUUUUAUUUCCCGGAUGUGAAGCAGAUGGCCGAACUAACCGGCGCUCAACCCGUCUGGGUUGAGGCUACUACGGAACCCGAGUUUAUGCAAAUGGUCGACUGGGAAGCCCGAGGUAUUCCUUAUGGCCGACCCGCAGAGGUCAAUCUGCGAAACAAUCACGCUCAGUACAUCUUUACCUGGUAUGGUCUGUGCUUUGCAACCUCCAUCAUGCUUUGGAUGGUGGUUAAGAAGCCCGCAAACGACGUUGCUCGACGUGUAGCCCGCUCAAAGGGCCUGUAA